CAAAGGAUUUUUUAUGAGAAAGAUGGAGAGCUGGACUUUGGUUAUGUGCCUCUUAAAUUCUGCAUUUGCAAUCCCACUACCACAACAUCCUGGUUAUAUCAAUUUCAGUUAUGAGGUGAUGACACCUUUGAAAUGGUAUCAGGGCAUAAUUGGACAUCAGUAUCCACGUUAUGGCUAUGAGCCCAUGGGAGGAUGGAUGCACCAUAAUGCAGGACCAAUGAUGCACCCAACUCACUUUCAUGGGGUCCAUGCAAUACACCCAGCUCUCCAUCAAAUGCAACCACUACAGCCCCCUCAGAACCCACAUUUGCAGCAACCAGGUCUUAACCCAUUUGUUCCACUAAAUGGGCAUAACACAUUAAUUCCACACUAUCAGUCUGUACAGUAUCCACUUCAACCACAAACAGGCGAGCAUCCAAUGAAACCCCAGCCACCAGUAAAUCCAAAUCAAUCAAUGAACCCUCAGCAAUCAGGGAAUGCCAAUCAGCCCAUAUACCCACUACCUCCCCUUAUCCCAGAUACACCUCUUGAAUCAUGGCCAGCUGAUAAGACCAAGCAAGAAGAAGUGGUAAGUAAUCUUUACUGUAGUAAUGCAAUUUCCAGAAGACUAACUAUGUGAGUCUGUUUCUGCCUAUUAAAGAAUAACAUUUUUAAGGUCCAUAGCAGCAUCAAGAUGUUUUUGUUAUACAUCUGAAAAUAAAUUAUAUGUUAAAUUGUAUGUGUGCACACACACGUUAUAUUUUUUGUUUACUAGUCAACAUGCAAAAAAUAUAUAUAGUGAUUUUAUGAGAACAGGUAGUCCUUGAUUUACAACCAUAAUUGAGCCCAGAAUUACAGUUGUAAAUUGUGGCAGUCGUUAAGUGGACUGUGACCGCAUUCAGUUUUACAAUUAUUUAAUGAUGGCCAGUAAGCAAACACUUACUGUGUUGUUUGUUAAAUUAACUCAAUUUCUUCAAUGGGUGUUUUUUGCUGGAAACUGGAAGUAAAUGCCACUAAUUAGCAAAAAACCUGAAAAUUAUGGUCACACGACUGCAGCACUCUGCAAAAAGCUGUAAAUGUGAGCUGCUUGCCAAGUGUCCAAGCCACAAUCACAUGAGUGCUCAAGGUAGUGCUGGUAUUGCAGACGACAGAGCUCUGGAACCAGGUCAUAAGUAGCUUCUUACUACUUACUAUGGUCUGUGGCUAGCUUUUUAGACUCUUGCUUCCUUCCCACACUUCCUACCCCUCCCCCGUUUCUAUGGCAAGUUGAGUAGGGAUAGAUGUUAGCAGGCAUAUUAGUAAUUCAGCCUUGACAUGCUGGCCCCCUGAAAGAAGUGUAGACAUAGGAAAACAGUAAGCACAAUUAACCAAACAUUCAAACAUCAUUCCCUUGGACGCUAAGGGUAUUUAUCAUGAAACGUUCUUAUUAAUAUCAGCCCUAACAUUAUGUACUCUUACCCAUUCAGCAUCAGCUAAGGGGUAACCUCUCCACUGGACUAAGUACUGUAACUUCCCCCUAAAAAUCCUUGAAUCUAGUAUUUUCUUAAUCUCAUAAUGCUUCUCACUGUCCACUAAUAUAGGAAAAAGAGGUUCCUCUCCACCUGGUCUUAAGCUAGAUCUUUUAAACUGUUUCAACAAACUGCAAUGGAACACUGGGUGGCCUUGCUUCAAUUCUUUUGGCAACCGUAGUUCAACAGUUACAGGAUUAAUGACUUUUACAAACUGAGAAAAGUCCUAUGUACUUAGA